UCAAAGAUGCUUGUGGCAUGUGUUUGUGUCUGUGUGUCUGUGCAUCUUUGCACGUGUGUAUGUACAUCUUUGUGUGUGUAUGUAUGUGCAUCACCAGGGAAGUACCAAGAUGUACUUAGAUGAGGAGUACCAAUCUCCAGAGACGGCAAGAAUGCUGGAUUCCACCUGGCGUGGUGCGGUGGCUAUUCAUUUCUUCCUGACUGCUCAGCAUAACAUUUACGAAGGAGAUAUCGCAGCUGCACUCAGAAUGGCAUUGAUUGCCAGUGAGUAUGAUGACGUAUUGCCGGAAAAGGACUUAUUCUUACUGGUAGCUCUGUCGGCAGCCAUGGCUCAGUGUGAUCGACACACAUCACGGGCAUUCACUCACUUGGAUGACUUGGUUAACGUUGAGAGUGAACUGAAGGAAAAGUUGCAAGACUUGGCAGUGGAUAUCUUCGUGGAGAAAUCCAAUCGACGAGGAGGUGCAGCAGCGGCAGCGAGGCAAAACAAGAUGGAGUUUGAAGAAGUGCAUUGUGAAGAGUGCGGAGAACCCACCGAGGACUGGGUAACUCAAUGUCCAGCCUGCCAACAUCGUCAUCCAUACUCCGUAACAGACGGACGUCGUCUUGAUCCGCGUGUAGUCUAUGCUACAUGUGACCUGUGCCAUCACUCUUAUGACAAAGUUGUGCAAGGAGUGAAGCGCACUAGCAGAUCUGAUCAGCUGGCCUGUCCAGUGUGCCACAAAGUAUGUGACAACUAGCGCAUGUGCUUCAAGCUGUUCUCCUUCCAAGUCGUCACUUUCUGUGUGUGUGUGUGUGUGUGUGUGUGUGUGUGUGUGUGUGUGUGUGUGUGUGUGUGUGUGUGUGCACGCAUGUGAAGUGGUUUUGUGUGGGUGCAGGUGUGUACGCGCACGUGCUAUUAUGUGCUUCUGUGUGUGUGUGUGUGUGUGUGUGUGUGCGCGUGCGUGUGUGCGUGUACAUGUGUUACGUUGUACUUACAUGGCAAAUUAGGCGACAAGGAAACAAAUGAGUCGUUUAAGAUUGUUUUUGUGAAAUUUCAAGUUCUUUCUAUAAUCCUUUUCUUGAUCUUGCGUAAAAUAUUUUCCUAGAAAUGUCCCUUCUUUUACGAGAUUAUUGUAAACAUAUCAAACGUGAUCUUUCGUAUCUAAUAACCACCGGAACAGUUUGUUUCUUUCCUCUCUAUUCUAUGCUGUGUUUUUGAUUGUUUUGAUCUCCUCCUUAUUUGAUGUAUUUCUUGUUCCCCAUCCGUACUGGUCGCACAUUGUUCUUCCCCAAACCCUUGUUAUACGCACAGGUUUGUGGCUGUGAGUAGUUCUGUACAAUCAGUGUGUUCAAGUACAUUAACAUGAUGGCUUGUAUCCUUG